AUGGAUGAAGUCAAAGGCUACAACAAGCCAACCCACGGCAUUUUUCGCUUCCUACCAGACGCAUGGGUUCCGUUUGCCGAACUCAUGCGUCUCGACAGUCAGGCAGGAUUCUGGGCUUUCUACUGGCACUACCUGAUAGGACUUGGGUUUGCCAUCAACAUUCCCCCCUUCUCUCACGAUAUCGAUUUGAAAACUCUUGGAUUCCUUGCGGCAUACUUGGGACUAUGGACCACUGUCUUCCGCGGCAUCACCUGUACAUGGAACGACAAUAUGGACCAGGACUUUGAUCGCCAGGUUGCUCGCUGCCGAGUGAGACCCAUCCCACGGGGUGCCGUCACAACGGAGCAGGCGCAUCUCUUUACCGCCAUACAGACUGCCGUUGGCACUUUUAUCUUGUACCUCUUGGGCGAUUCGGUGUUGAUACACGCCGCCAUCGACGGCGCUCUCUUGUUCAUCUACCCCUUCCUGAAGCGGUGCACAAACUACCCCCAAGUUGAGCUGGGAUUCGGGCUGUCAUAUGCCAUAUUCCUGGUGACCGCGAUAGUCGGGAAGGAUCCGUUGAGUCCUCUGUUGGACCGAUCGUUGGAUCUGCCGACCCGCGUGCACAAGGUCAUCGAAGCACCACUUGCCCGGUCAGCGGCAUGUCUAUACGUCGCUGGGAUUAUAUGGACUGUCAUCUUCGACACCAUUUACGCUCAUCAGGAUUACCUCGAUGACCUGAAAGCUGGUGUCAAGGGGCUCGCCGUGCGCCUCGGGAGAAAGGGAACGAAACCCGCCUGCUACAUGGCGACUGCUGUGCAGGUCUACUUUCUAGUGUUGGCAGGCCAGCUGGCUGGUUUUGGCGCACCGUACUACACCAUAUCGUGUGGCGUAACUGCUCUUCUGCUGGCAAGGCUGAUUUGGGCUGUCGAUUUGGAAGACGGCGACAGUUGCGCCUGGGCGUUUGGUCCUGGAAGCGGUCAUGUCGGCACCGCAAUCUUCUCUGGGUUAUUGGCCGACUUCUUCUCGAAGAAGUAUGGAUCUUGA